GCACUUCCGGAUGUCCUUCUUAACUUCCGCCUGAGAAAUCGUUGGGUCUCUUCUACCAGCCCGAUUCAACAUGGGACGAGUCAGGACUAAAACGGUAAAAAAGGCGGCCAGGGUCAUUAUUGAGAAGUAUUACACUCGGUUGGGAAAUGACUUCCACACCAACAAGAGGGUGUGUGAGGAGAUCGCCAUCAUCCCCAGCAAGAAGCUGCGCAACAAGAUUGCUGGGUAUGUGACCCAUCUGAUGAAGCGCAUCCAGAGAGGGCCAGUCAGAGGCAUCUCCAUCAAGCUGCAGGAGGAGGAGAGGGAGAGGAGGGAUAACUACGUCCCAGAGGUGUCUGCUCUGGAUCAGGAACUCAUCGAGGUUGAUCCCGACACCAAGGAAAUGCUCAAGCUUCUGGACUUUGGUGGACUGUCCAACCUACAGGUCACCCAGCCCACUGUUGGAAUGAACUUCAAGACACCUCGAGGCGUCUAGGCGUUUUGUUAAUAUCUCUUAAUAAAGUAAAAAAACAAAACAAAAAACA